AUGAAAGUCUGCAACCUUUUACUCGGUGGCGCCCUCGCAAUCACCACCAAUGCCGGUGUAGACCCACCUAAUUCGAACCCUCCCAUCGCCUAUUUCGUCUCAUAUCACCAGCCAGGUUGCCUCAAGAAGGAUCAAGGCGCCUACAUAACCCUCGUACAAACCCAGGAUAGCGUCUGUUAUGAUUUCUCCCCUCCCGCUCCGGCCAUUGUCCAGUCAGCCUUUGUCACCUCCAUCAUCAACGGCUGCGUCGUGUACGUGUACAACGAUGCAAAUUGUACUGUAAAUGAGGUCACGCUGGACCUAGGCUUUGAAAACUGCUAUGACGAUACCACGGGCUUGGGCUCCUACAAGGUCGUGUGCGGACGCAGGUACCCAAUCCCUCACACUACCAAAACCAGCACCAGCCUUUCGGCGUCAGCGUCUCAGAAGUGA